GCUAUCUGAUUGGAGCAGCAUAGGGAUAUUCAGUCUAGUCGUUUGUAUAUAUGACAGUUGGUAAUUCUCCUGUCAUAUGAUUUUUAGGGUUGUGUCAGUGGUUGAAAGUGAACAACAUGAAUAAAAUACUAAUUUUGUGUGCUGCCUUAAUCGUUUCAGUUUAUGGAACAGGAGAAUUAUCAAUUUUACAUCACCCCAACAGUGUAGUCUUAAAAGGACAUGACCCUGUCAAAGAAAGUACCCUCCCAGAAGUAUAUUCAGCAGUAUUAGGCUUUUCAACUGAACAUUACUCAAAUUGGCGGGGUGUUUUCAUUGAGGACCCCUUCAGCCUGGCUGAGGCUGUUUGUACCAUUGUAGUUGAUGGGGUUGCAGACAUAGAUUUGCAAAAGGGAUACCGUUUUCCACUUAGAACUAAUGAAGAGGAUUAUAGAGUGUACCAUACCCUUGAAAAGAGAGUUACUGAAAGGUAUCCAACUUCCAACAAUCAUUUGAUUAAUAUUGAUCUAUCCAAUGGGUUAGAAGAUAUUGAAAAGUACAACAUUUUCCAUGGAAUCAAAAGUGACAAACCAAAGAAAACCAACUAUAAUUUCUUAAAGCCAACAGUAGAAGAAGAUCGUGAAUUCCUCAAAGAAAUCACAUUGUUAAAGAGUAUCACAGAAAAAAUUGAACAAGGUGUAAUUGAACCAGACAACACACCUGAUAUUUUCUGGUUCAAACUUUCAGGUUUGCAUGCAAUUUCUGAUUUGUAUGGUGAAAACAGCACAACAGUGAAAGAGGCUAACCAAAUUUUGAGAGAAGCUAUCCUUGCCUUGAAUGCUGCAAUUACUAAAGCUUACAAUGGUGAUGUUUUUGUAUCUGUUAUCACCAGCGAUGCCAUUCACACCAGAAGAACAAGAAGCGUUUUAGAAGUUAGUUCUGACACUGCCGACGACAACGUCCAUAACUUGGCUCAAAACUAUGAUGAAAACUAUCCUGUUAUCUUUAAUAUUAUGUUGUGGUUUGGAGUGGUAAUGGUUUUCUCUUUGCUUGCCAUUUGUAUUGCUAUUGCUGAUAUGGAUCCAGGCAGGGAUUCAAUUAUUUACCGUAUGACAAGCAUCAGAAUGAAGAAAGAUAACUAAAUGUUACACAGUAUUUUAUUAUUUGGAAUAUAUCUUUGUAAGAUCACAUAUUCUAUAAAGAAAUUUAGGGUCAUAAAUCAUUUGACUUCUGUAGUGGUAGAAUGUCAUUUAAUUAUGUAAAGUAAGAUUGUAUAAAUUUUUGUUGUUUUCUGAAUAUGAAUAUCCUGUUACACAAUAUUUUAUUUAUUUAAUUAGAACAACUGACUGUAAAUAUCUGUAUUUUAGUGUAAUAUAAUUUACAUUCCCUGUUA